UAACCUCCAGGAUAUCAUCAGAUACUACUGGCAACGGUUGUCCAAUUUCCACGAGCGUAUAUACCUGGAGGAACGAAUAGCAGCAAUGGCUACGCAGAUCGAGAACGCUCUCGUUGAGCACAGUAACUGUCAGGCCCUCAACCUCAUGGAAGAAGGCGACAUCAUGUGCACACUCUCAAAGCAACAGAUAUGCAAGGGUACGCAGAUACUGAAAAAAUGGUUGAAAGGGCACAUCCACAAACCUUACCCCACUACAGCGGAGAAGGAACAGUUGGCAGCACAGACCGGCAACUCUCUGAAGCAGAUCAACUACUGGUUCAUCAACGCCAGGCGGCGAUACGUACCAAAGAUGAAGAAGGCCAAGGGGAACUAG